AUGGUUUUGGGUGUAAUGGCUAUAGAAAAUGACUCUUCAGUGACAGAGUUCAUCCUGGUAGGAUUUACAGACCCACCUCAGCUCCAGUUACCCCUUUUCUUUCUCUUUUUACUGAACUAUGUGGUCACUAUGGUAGGAAAUUUGAGCCUAGUUAAUCUAAUAUGCCUGAAUUCUCACCUGCACACUCCCAUGUACUUUUUCAUCUUCAACUUAUCCUUCAUAGAUUUCUGCCACUCUUUGGUCAUUACCCCUAAAAUGCUGAUGAGCUUUGUCUCAGAGAAGAACAUCAUUUCCUUUACAGAAUGCAUGACUCAGCUGUUUUUCUUCUGUUUCUUUGUGCAUUCUGAGUGCUAUGUGUUGACAGCCAUGGCCUAUGAUCGCUAUGUGGCCAUCUGUAACCCUCUGGUGUACACGGUCACCAUGUCCCCUCAGGUCUGUUCUCUGCUGAUGUUUGGUUCUUACGUGAUGGGGUUUGCUGGUGCCAUGAUCCACACAGGGGACAUGGUCAGAUUGUCCUUUUGUGAUUCUAACAUCAUCAACCAUUACAUGUGUGACAUCUUCCCCCUCCUUCAGCUCUCCUGCAGUGGCACCUAUGCCAGUGAGUUGCUGAAUUCCAUUAUUGUGAGCACAGUUGUCAUAAUAUCCGGCUUCAUUAUUUUCAUUUCUUAUGCUUUGGUCCUGUCCAAUGUCCUCCACGUCUCAUCAGCUCAGGGUUGGCCCAAAGCCUUCAGCACCUGUGGCUCCCACAUAGUAACUGUGGGUCUGUUCUAUGGGUCUGGGUUGUUCACACAUCUCAAGACCGCUCCUUCUGAUUCUGUGGACCAGGGGAAGUUCUUCUCAGUAUUUUACACCAAUGUAAUACCCAUGUUGAACCCCCUCAUCUAUAGUCUAAGGAACAAGGAUGUCAAAUGUGCUCUGAAAAAAACCCUGAAGAGAAUUGCAAACUAA